AUGGGGACCCCGAGACGGGCCACAUCAAUGGUUGGAGACAUUGUCAGACGGCUCAGUCGUGCCCUUAAUGGCGUUCAUGCUGUCCUCCACGAUGUGGACCCCGAGACGGUCUACAUAAAUGGUUGGAGAGACUGUAAGUCAUGGCCCAGUCGCGCCCCAAGUGGCGCUCAUGCAUCCGAGCUGUCGCCUUCAGUGCAUAGCUCCCCUCCCAGGCGCGCACUAGACAGCUCACUGACAGUGCAGGAUUUGUGCACCAAUUUAUCAGCUCCCGCCUGCAAUGCGCAGCUACCUACCCCCUACCCCCAAAUCAUCGGUGAACGAAACUGUGGCAGCUAUAAACACUGUACGGCGACUACGCGAAGCUAUAUAAUCACAGGCAGAAGAGGAGGAAUUCACCCACUCUACCCUGCACCGACGAUGUCACCUCGAUUGGUGAUGAAACGUUUGCAAUCCAACUGCCAAGCUCGGCGAACAGACCAACAACCAGAUGGAAACUUCGCCAGAUGUAACAUCCGGGAAACCGGAACAACCAAACUAGAAGAAACCCGUCCGUUCGCGUCUGUCAAAAUAAAAAAACAUUCAGCUGUAGCACCGUUUCGGUCCCUACCUGCCAUGCCGACCGACGUUUGCACGAGGGCUGGGAUACUGUCAGGUUGCCUAAGCCCAGACAGGGAAAGUCGAGAGGCAGAGGCCGGAUUCGAACCACGGACCUUCCGUCAUGGGGCGAGAUGGACCAAGUGGCUAGAGCGCGAGUUUACUGACCGGAAGAUCCGUGGUUCGAACCCGACCUCUGCCACUCGACUUCUCCUGUCUAGGCUUGGGCGACCUGGCAGUAUCCCAGACGUCGUGACUCCGUGUGGCAUGGCGGCUAGGCACCGAAAGGCUGUAACACCGUUUCGGUGUCUAGCUGUCAUGCCACACGAGGAAAGUGUGAGGACUAAGAGAGUGCCAGGUUGCCCUAACCGAGACGGUAGUCAACAAGCUGAGGUUGGGUUCGAACCACGGACCUUGCAGUCAGAAGGCAAUAGUCUCUACAUACUGCGUCAAUUCGCGAACGCCCCGGGGAGCAUUUCGAUCCCCGAAGUUGCAAAGAUAGACAGAAGAGCUUCGGGCCGCGCAUCAAUAGAAAAGUUGAACAGGAACAGCGAAAGAGGACAGUCCUAUUUCCCGCUACUAAAAAAUAGUUUCACACACCCGGAUUUGGAAGAACCCUUAUCACACUUCGUUGAUUGGUUUUAUUCCUACUAA